GGGUGAUUGAUUCUUGAAUUGUUUUUGUAUUUGUUGUUUCUGAUUGGGCUUUCGAUUGAUUUAUAUUCAGAUUCUUGCUUUUGAUUACUGUCUUUUGAGAAGAAGAAGAAAUGGCCCGUACCAAGCAAACCGCUCGUAAAUCCACCGGUGGAAAGGCUCCCCGGAAGCAACUUGCCACCAAGGUUUGUUUGAUUUUGUUCUAUUCUCUAAUCUUGCUUAAAUCAAUUUGAUUGGUUGAAUUGAAAUUUGGUUAUCAAUUAGGGUUUUUUUUUGGGGCUAAUUUGAAUUUUAUUUUUAUGUCGAAUUCACAGGCUGCCAGGAAAUCCGCCCCGACCACCGGCGGAGUCAAGAAGCCCCAUCGUUACCGCCCUGGAACCGUCGCUCUCCGUGAAAUCAGGAAGUACCAGAAGAGCACAGAGCUUCUUAUCCGCAAGCUGCCUUUCCAGCGUCUCGUCCGUGAAAUUGCCCAAGAUUUUAAGACCGAUUUGAGGUUCCAAAGUCACGCUGUGUUGGCUCUGCAAGAAGCUGCUGAGGCUUAUCUGGUGGGAUUGUUUGAAGACACCAACUUGUGUGCCAUCCAUGCUAAGAGGGUUACAAUUAUGCCCAAGGAUAUCCAGCUUGCCAGGCGUAUUCGUGGAGAACGUGCUUAAGAUUUAGGGUGGAGAAGUGUGGAAGAUUGAUGAUUAGUUGGUGUUCUGUUUCUUAAUUUUUAGUAGGUCGAAUGAGAUUUGUCUAGCAAAUAGCUAAUACCAGUAAUAAAAGGGGUUGGGGGAACACUUGUUUAGAAAAAUUUACUUGGGUUUUUGGAUUCUUGCUUAGAAGGAAUUUGUGGAUGAAUUCAAUAGCUUUUAUGUAAAUCUACACAUUUCGAAUGAUUCAAUUGCGUUUAUUUUUUUUCCAUUGGUGCUGUUGAUUUCAAUUCUGAACGAUUUUUAAUGUGCAUAUCUGAAAUGAAUGGCUGAUGUCCUCGUGAAAAAAUAGUCAUGCUAAAUGGCCAUAAGUUGGGG